UCUUCUUAGGCGAUAGUAAUAGUUGAACAAGAGGCACACGUGUGGUUUGUUGACAUAUGAUGCGAAGGUAACAAGAUCACACGUGUGCAACCGUCCUCACCCGCGAGUCACGACUCUGUUAGUGUAAAUAAAUGGUUACAGAUACAGUACCAAUCUCUAUCUGUAUAAUUUCAUUUCAAGUAUAAUACUCCACUAAAGAAUAAUCAAUCAAUUAUAGUAGCGUAUAAAUUAAUAAUUUCUUAUGAUUAUUACUUAAGUGCGUUGGACUUGUUGGUGUCGAUGGAACAACCGCACAAGCUGUAAUGAAGUGCUUUUCCAUCUCUCUCUGCAUUCUUCUUUCUCUCUUCUCUUUUCAAUGUGUGUCAUCUAGAAAUGUAUCUGAGAGUGACAUACAACAAGCUACCAUCCCACCAAGAGGUUGGAAUUCCUAUGACUCCUUUUGCUGGACAAUUUCUGAACAAGAAUUCUUACAAAAUGCUGAAGUUGUUUCUCAGCUUCUCCAUCAUCAUGGAUAUGAGUAUGUUGUGGUGGAUUAUCUCUGGUAUAGAAGAAAAGUAGAGGGUGCUUAUCAUGAUUCUCUUGGGUUUGAUGUGAUUGAUAAAUGGGGGAGGGUGAUUCCUGACCCGGGAAGGUGGCCUUCUUCGAAUGACGGGAGAGGGUUUAGCCAUGUGGCUAAUCGAGUGCAUAGCUUGGGUUUGAAGUUCGGGAUUCAUGUUAUGAGAGGCAUAAGUACACAAGCUGUCAAUGCGAACACGCCUAUUCUAGAUACGAAAACGGGAGGUGCUUAUCAAGAAUCUGGUCGAGUGUGGCAUGCGAAAGAUAUAGCAAUCCGUGAAAGGGCUUGUGCAUGGAUGCCUCAUGGUUUCAUGAGUGUAAAUACAAAUUUGGGCGCUGGAAAAGCUUUUUUGAGGUCCCUUUAUCAGCAGUAUGCUGCAUGGGGUGUUGAUUUUGUGAAACAUGACUGUGUAUUUGGCGAUGACUUGGAUUUAAAUGAAAUAAGCUAUGUAUCAGAGGUUCUCCGGGAGCUUAAUCGCCCCAUUGUCUAUUCAUUGUCUCCUGGAACCAAAGUGACACCAGCCAUGGCCAAGGAUGUCAGUGGACUGGUCAAUUUGUAUCGUAUAACAGGGGAUGACUGGGAUACAUGGGGGGAUGUCAAAGCUCAUUUUGAUGUAUCAAGAGAUUUUGCAGCUGCGCAUAUGAUAGGGGCAAAAAGUUUAAUGGGGAACUCAUGGCCGGAUUUGGACAUGCUUCCAUUUGGAUGGCUAACUGAUCCUGAUAGUUGUUGGACUUCAAAUACAGGUCCACAUAGGUAUAGUAACCUCAACCUCGAAGAGAAGAGGACACAGAUGACCUUAUGGGCAAUGGCAAAGUCUCCCCUUAUGUAUGGGGGCGAUGUUCGGAAGAUCGAUCCCACAACAUACGGUCUUAUCACAAAUCCUACCCUUCUGGAGAUUAAUUCUUUUAGCUCACAUAAUAUGGAGUUUCCUUACAUUGCAAGCUUGAAGAAUGAAGAUCAGGAUUCUGAAAGGCAAAUGAGAAGAAGCUACAGAGAAACAAAAGCAUCAUACACACAUUCAUUAGGCCUCACUAGCUGCACUGAGUCAAAGGCAAGUGGUUGGACUAGUGAGAGUAUUAGCCAGUAUCCUGAAAGAAUCUGCUGGAAAAGGAAUUUAGGAAAAAAGCAUCUUGCCCCCUUCUGCAUGCACAAGAGAGAACUGAACAUUGCAUUAGAUGAAGAGAAUAUGUAUCAAGAUUAUCAUCAUUUAGUUGCAGUGGACAGAAUAAAAUUUUGCUUGGAUGCUUCUCCAAAACAAAACAUUACUUCCAAAGAGUUCAAGCGAGGUACAUUUUCGCCCUGCAGGUGGGAUUCAAAUCAGAUGUGGCGGUUGAAUCGUAAUGGGACCCUGGUAAAUAGCUAUUCAGGCUUAUGUGCCACAGUAGACCCUGUUAAAGCUACGAUUAAUUCUGGUGGUUUUCGCGCUUGGGCUGCAACCGGAAGAACAGGAGAAGUCUAUGUUGCUUUCUUCAAUCUAAGUGAACAGAAGGCGGUUAUAUCUUUGAAGACAUCAAACCUAUUUAAGGUUUUUGUUGGGAGAGACUUAAGAAGUACUUGUAAAGGCAGUGAAGUGUGGAGUGGAAGACACAUUGUAAUAACGCAGGGGGUGUUAUCGGCGGAAGUGGAAAUGCAUGGAACUGCACUAUUUGUUCUCAAUUGUAACUAGUUUGGUCCCAUAAAAAAGGGAUCUGUAAUAUUUAAAAUGUACUUAAUCCAAGUCAAAUUUAGGGGAAGUUACACAGAGUAUAUAUUUAUAAAAAAAAUGAAGAACUUUUAUAUAAUAAACUCAAAUUGAAAUUAGCUCCCAAAGGAACUAAGCUUGUGAAAGGAUACUGAGGUAGAACCUUGGAGGGUCAAAUGCCUUAUUUAAGGUUCUUUCCCACAUAAA